GUGAUUCUGACUGUUAUGUGUCUUGUGCCUGCAUGUGUGUGCGUGUGUGUGUGUGUGUGUGUGUGUGUGCGCGUGUGUGUGCGUGUGAUUCCCUCUGCAGUGAACACUCUGGGAAUCAGUGAUGAGCUGAAGCAGAAGCUGCAGGAUGUGAUGGUGGACAGACAUAAACUAACCCUGGGAAAGACUCUGGGAGAGGGUGAGUUCGGCUCGGUCAUGGAGGGUCUCCUGACACAGGAGGAUUCAGUGCUGAAAGUGGCCGUUAAAACCAUGAAAAUCGCUAUCUGCACGCGCACAGAGAUGGAGGACUUCCUCCGCGAGGCGGCCUGCAUGAAGGAGUUCGACCACCACAACGUCAUGAGGCUCUUAGGUGUGUGUCUGCAGACAGUGGAGAGUGAAGGCUACCCCUCGCCGGUGGUGAUUCUGCCCUACAUGAAGCAUGGGGACCUGCACAGCUAUCUGCUCUACUCCAGGCUGGGGGACUGCCCUGUGUAUCUUCCAUCCCAGAUGUUGGUGAAAUUCAUGACUGACAUCGCCCGGGGAAUGGAAUAUUUGAGCAGCAAGAAUUUCAUUCACAGGGACUUGGCCGCUCGUAACUGCAUGCUGAAUGAGAAUAUGAAUGUGUGUGUGGCUGACUUUGGUCUGUCUAAGAAGAUAUACAAUGGAGACUACUACCGGCAAGGCCGCAUCUCCAAAAUGCCCGUCAAAUGGAUCGCCAUUGAGAGUCUGGCAGACAGAGUGUACACCACCAAGAGUGAUGUGUGGUCGUUCGGUGUGACCAUGUGGGAGAUCGCCACGCGAGGCCAGACUCCGUAUCCAGGCGUGGAGAACAGUGAGAUAUAUGACUACCUGCGGCAGGGCAACCGCCUCAAGCAGCCCCCAGACUGCCUAGACUGCAUUUACUCCCUCAUGUUCUCCUGUUGGCUCCUGAGCCCCAAGGACCGGCCCAGUUUUGAGCGUCUGUGCUGUGAGCUGGAGAAGGUCCUGGAGGAGCUGCCCGACCCGCAGGACCCUGACGAGAUCCUCUACGUCAACAUGGAGGAGUCCUCCGGCGAGAUCGGGGCGGUCGGGGGUCGCGACCCCAACUGUCCUUUGGGGCUAGGCUUGGGUGGCGGUCUCGGGGGCAUGUCGGGCCUGUCCAUGCCCCUGCCGCCCAUGAAGGACUCGGUGGCCACUGUGGAGGUGCACCAGCCUCACCAACCCAACCGCUACGUGCUGUGCCCGCAGCACGAGACCCAGCAGCGCCUCCUACUGCCCGCCGCUGACUCCCUGGAUUCACUCCACUUGACCAUGCCCGGCGCCCCCUCGACCACCUGCUCCUCCUCCGCCUCGCCCACCCCCACCCUCCAGUUACAGCCGUCUGAGCGAUCCAGCCCCGUAUUCCCGCUCGACCCUGACAACGACGAUGACGUGAACACUGGGCCCGCCGCAGUCAGACGAGUCCCGUGGCAGUGACCUUUGACAUCUUUAAAAACGUUAUAUUGUAUUUUUCAACAGCCCAGCUUCCCCCAUGAUUCCCCCAAACAAGCACACCUAACUCCUUGCUUAUAGCAGGAACAUGAUUUUAAAUCUGACACAAGAAAGUGCUCAGAGAGAAAAGCCUGACCUCUAGUGGUGAAGUGAUAGAGCUGACAGGCCGGCCUGCAGGAUGCUUUUUGCUGAAGCACAAGGGAGUCCCCAACCACACAAAACUUCCACCAAUCAUUCCAACGACAAUGACGGAACACUUCCUAUACAUCCUCAAAUGAGUUGCUUUAGUUAAACACAUACCUGAUUUUUUUUCCACAAAAUCAUUUUAUGUCGAAGUCUAAGUUUGAGCAGCUUUGUGUCAUUGUUGGCUAUAUAGCCCCAUGUGCCCACUAUCUCUCACAAAUUGGGCUUUGUGGGUUUUCUCGCUGCUGGUCCUGAAGACCUAGCAUUCUCUCAUGGCUGCACAAGGCAAAGCAUUACCCAGACACCCCAGAAGGCCAUCUAGUUCUCAUCACCACCAAAUAUACUGACUGCAGCCUUUAAGGGGACGAGGACCCUCAACAAUGCCAGUCCAGAACCCCACCUGUAAAUAACAAACUCAGGAGGUACAUUUUCUACAAAGACACACUCUGCCAGUGAGAGGACUCCGGGGGGAGACGGGAGACGCUGGACGGGACGCUGUUUCAGGGGUAACCGUUCCACUCCAGGGAAACUCGAGCCUCUCCCUUUCACUCCACACCUACACUUGAGCUGAAAACCUCUGCAGCCAUGUUGCCAAGCACAUGAUGCCUUGACCCGACUCGAAGGGAUGAGUCUGCAGAAGUGAUGGCCUCAGUGAGACCUUGCAUCCCUUUCAACCAGUGCUGCCUGCAAGUGUGCACUUGUGUUAUGCACAUGUAACACAUGCACACACACACACACACACACACACACACACACACACACACACAAAUACAAAUACAGAGGGAGAAAGAGGGGAGGUCAUGAAGGGAAGAGAAAUGGAAUGCACCCGAGAGUGAGGCGUCUUCAGUGGAGAGGGGGCUGCUGCUGCUGCUGCUGCCUGACGCACAUGCUCUGUUCUGUUGCCGGUGCAAAACAAGCCGAACGUGGUUUAGACCCAUUUCCAUUCUAUUUCUAUUCAUUUUGUAUUCUUUCCCAAGGUGUCGCUGUUACAGAAAGAAGAGAAAAGAAAAGGAAGAAAAAAAAAAAGAAGAAACUUUGGAGCGGAGCUUAAAGAAACUGCCUGUUGGGCUUUUUGGUAGCAGAUGUGUUGUGUUUUAUUGUUGUGCAAGUCUGGAGGUUUUCAGGGCAAAUUCCAGAUUCCCGAUGAAACUCCCUGUCUUCCAGUCGCACACCCCACCCCACCCCACCCCACCCCACCCCGAUUCCUCACAAGCCUCCAGAGACACAUGAGGCAGUGAGAAGAGGGAACAAACAGCACUUCUACCAUCCCCCUCGGAAAGUGGUGCCAUGACGACAGGUUUCCACUGACAGAAGCGCAAGAUGGCCGUGGGCCACGUCGACAGACACUUACGCUGAGGGAGGGAGGAAGGAUGAGAUGAGCGAGGAAACAAACGAUAAAGGAGGAACGAGAUGCCGAUGGAAAGAAUUUCUUGCCUUUUUUGGCUUUGUUUUUUGGAGGGGUUGAUGGGAAAUAUUUCGGUGGCAUACUAGAAUCAGAUAUAUAUCUGACGAUACAUCCCUCCCAAUUUCACUCAUUCUCCAGCAACGAGAUUCUAACCUAAACUCCUCAGCAGGGAGCCAUGAUCUGUUACCUUUACAGGGCCUGCUCCUCACUCAUGUACCCAGCAGCACUGCAUGCUGGGUGGGCGAGACAGUAGGCUGGAGCAGCUGUGGGACUGGGGGAGAACUCAAAACUUAGUUUGACCCCUGAACUCAAAACUUAGUUUGACCCCUGAUGAAGUGGCCUCCGAGAGGAUGGGGCGGUUGGAAGGACUAUUGGGCCUCUACGUAGCUGCACAGUCCUGUCUGAAGCACAGUGUUAAUGUGUGUGUGUGUGUGUGUGUGUGUGUGCGUGUGUGCGUGUGCGUGCGUGUGUGUGUGUGUGUGUGAAGGACUCUUGCUGCAUCAGUUUGGGUUACACAUGUGGCCUCUACGUAGCUGCACAGUCCUGUCUGAAGCACAGUGUUAAUGUGUGUGUGUGUGCGUUUUUGUAUGAGUGAAAACUUUGCACUAAUAUUUUUCUAUGUUGUUUUUUGUAACAUUUUUGUAUUGUUCUAUGGUUCAUAUUUGUGUUUUGUAUGUAACUGCCAGUGAAUUCUAGUGGAAAUUUACGCAAGGUAAAUUUGAAUGGCGAAUUUCUUUAAAGCGUACCGAUGUAAUUGACAUUAUCUCAUGGUUACCAACCUUAAAUAUAAGAAAUUAUAUUUAGUAGAGUACACAUAACAGUUUGCAAAAUUAAUAUGGUAAAAAAAAGAUUAUUCAAAGUGCAUUUGUAUCCAGUAUGGCCCAAUUUGUACACACUCCCCUGAAGAAGCUUCUGAUCCAGCUCUAAAAGCUAUAUUGCUUCAGACGAAACCUGCUAAUUUUAAGGCCAGGAGAAAAGAGUCUUAUGUCAGACAACCGAUGUAACACAUGCUAGCGUGUGGGAGAUAGCUAGGUCAGGCCUACCGCUGUAACACACGCACACUGCUAGCUUGUGGGGUAUAGCUACAGUUGUAUCACAAGCACACUGCUAGUGUGUGGGGGAUAGCUAGGCCAGGCCAACUACGGUAACACAAUCACACUGCUAGCAUGUGUGGAAUAGCUAGGUCAGACCUAACACAAGCACACUGCUAGCGUGUGGGGAAUAGCUGGGUCAGGCCUACCGCUGUAACACAAGCACACUGCUAGCGUGUGGGGAAUAGCUGGGUCAGGCCUACACAUGGCCUCUGGUACGCUCAGUCGCUCUCUGAAGUGCUCUAUGGUACGCCUUCAUGUUAAGCUGAUUUUGGUUUACAUUUUAGACCUCUAUAGAAGUUUAAGAGAAACAGAAACCAACACUGAAAUCCAGGAUUUUUCAGGUAACACUUAUUUGCAGCACAUCAUAAAACUGAUAUAACCAUGUCAUAAAUAUGUCUUAGCUGUAAGGAUGAGGCAUAGACUAUUGUGGCAUUCACACAAUUCUGUGAUAGCUACUUAUUACACUCUCAUGCCAUUGGACUGUCACAAUGUCUAAUGACAUGACAUGGCAUCUGCAAUGACAGGUUUAUGACAGUUUUAUGUCAGUAUUAGAAGGUUCAAAUUAAGUGUUACCCUUUUUCUUUAUAGCACUGCCACAUAUUGUAUAAUGCUUUUGAUCCACACACACACACACACACACACUCACACACACACACACACACACACACACACUCGCUCCAUAAGUCUUCACGCUUCAAAAAGAGGUGGUGAAAUGCCACCUGGUGGAGUGCGUGAGUAAUUGUUUUAUUGAAGUCUAUUUGAUCUCCACUGUACGAUCUGGCAGUGCUUCUGUCAAUGCCUUAAUUAAUGCAAUCAAACUGUGAGUCAGUCUGUGAGAAAUGUGUUGAUUACACGCAAAUAAAUAAAAUCAAAUGCUUUUUAAAAAAGAUUUUUAAUUGGUACAUGCUGCGUUAUGGAGUGCAGUCCAUUUGUAUUUCACUUUCUCUCUAUCUCUCUCACACACACACACAUACACACACACACACACACACACACACACACACACACACAGACCCUGAUGUCUACAAAGUGCCUUCAAGAAGCCAGUAUUUUGCUGUGUAUUUUCCUUUGGGUUUGUUGUGUUUAGGUUGAAUAAUCCAUUCAAUUAUUUGAUAAAUGAUAAUGUAUUGAAUCUUGUCGAAAUGACAGUUAUUUUGUUAUCAUUGCCAAUGUAAUUUUGAAAAGAUUUUUAUACGCCUUUUCUAUGAAAUAAAUAGCUACUUCAUUCACAGUU